AUGUCGAGCAGCUCCGACGAAGGCGAGAUCAGGGAGAACGGAGUUGAGGAUUCCAAGGCAUCUACACUGCCUCGUGUUGAUGGAAACGGUGUUGACCGUCAGGACAGGAGGGCUAGACCCGCACGCUCCCCCGACCGGGCCGAACACCAAUCUCGACGACCCCGUUCACCUCGCGGCUACAAGAGAUCUCGCGAUGACGACGCCGACUCCUAUCGCCGAGGUGGCAGACGUGGGGGUCCCGACCCGCGACGAUUUCGCGUCCACUACGAAGAUGCGCCGUCCCCUCGCGAUAGGCAUGCCUACGAAGAUCCAGACCGUCCGGUCUCUCGAGGCACCUACGACGACCACCUAGACCGCCCCUCCAACCAACGCUUCCGCGACUCUCGAGACUACCCGUCGUCCAACUCUCGGUACGACGAUCGCGACCGCGACUAUGGCCGAUCUGAGAAGCGAACACGCACCCGAAGUCCUUCGCCGUCUCGAGGCGGCCGCAGCAAUGGAAAGGGAAGGCCCAAUCGGAACCGAUGGGAUGCCGAAGGCGCUGCCAGGUCUUAUCAAGGCCAGCAGGCUGCAUCUAUCAAGUACAGUUCCCAGACUGCCAAACAAGUACGGGAUGAUACCGCCAACCGGCGGCCUCCUGCGGCUGAAGCUAGAGAUUUUUCCAAAGACGUUGCUAAAUCUGAUCAAGCUAACACGUCAAACAGCGACUCGCCCAGCACUUCCAAGAAGACGACGGAAGAGCCAGACCAUGAUUGGGAGGAACCGAAGCCCCUUGACGAAGAAGCCGAGAUUGAGCGGCGCAGACGUCGUCGGGAGGCACUCCUCAGAAAGUCUCGUGCUUCGACCCCUCUGCUUGUUCAGGCUGUCCAAGCUAACAAGAAUGACUCGAAAUCCGAGCCUCUCUCCGUGAUCACCUCCCCACAGAGGACUCCCCAAACUCCUGUUUCGGAAUCCCUUGACAUCGCCAACGACGGCGACCUGAUCAACCAUCAUGCCAAGGCGAAAGCUGCCGAGGAAAAUGGUCCAUCGGCGGCUGACUACGAUCCGACAGUCGACAUGCGUGAGGAUGAGCGCCGCGAUGAGAUGCGCAAUGGCGUAGUUGGCCUGCACGGUGAGGAUCGUCGAGAAUCCCUAACUUCCAAUGGUCAGGACAAAGACGAGCCCAUGGAGACGACCGAAGCAAGCAAAGCAGAGGACGACGAUGACUUCGAUAUGUUUGCCGAAGAUUUCGACGAGGAGAAGCUUGCAGCACCCAAGUCAGCCCCCAAGGCCAAGGCACCCACGGAGGACCCGGUUGCGCUGCAAGGAAACAAGGCCGGCGGCAUUCUUGAGGACGACGACAAGGACGGAUAUUACAAACUUCGUCCGAGUGAGAUAGUAAACGGCCGCUACCAGAUCCAGUCCAGCCUUGGAAAGGGAAUGUUCUCGGGUGUGGCGCGCGCCACAGACAUUACUACCAGGAAGCUGGUCGCCAUCAAGAUCAUGAGGAACAACGAUGCCCUGAAAAAGGGCGGUUUCACGGAAAUCGCUAUUCUUCAGAAGCUCAACUCGGCCGACCCGGACAAUAGGAAGCAUAUCGUCAAGUUCGAGCGGUCAUUUGAACACAAGGGCCAUCUAUGUAUGGCAUUUGAGAAUCUGAGCCUGAACUUACGAGAAGUGCUGAAGAAGUUUGGCAACAAUGUUGGUAUCAACCUUGUGGCGACGAAGGCAUAUGCGCACCAGAUCUUUCUGGCCCUGGGUCACAUGCGCAAAUGCAGCAUCAUUCACGCCGACUUGAAACCCGACAAUAUCCUGGUAAAUGAACAGCGGAAUGUCCUCAAGAUUUGCGAUCUGGGAACCGCUAUUGAUCGAUCAGACGCGGCCACAGCUCACAACGAGGUUACCCCCUACCUCGUCAGUAGAUUCUAUCGAGCUCCCGAGAUCAUUCUGGGCAUGCCCUACGACUACGCCAUCGAUAUGUGGUCCAUCGGGUGUACCUUAUAUGAGCUCUACACCGGCAAGAUACUGUUCACAGGUGAUAGUAACAACCAGAUGCUACGGGCCAUCAUCGAAAUCAGGGGCAAGAUGAGCACCAAGCUCUAUCGCCGGGGCUCGCUCUGGACAAUGCAUUUCGACGAAAUGGGAAAUUUUAUUAGUCAGGAAAGAGACAAGAUCCUAGGCAAGACAACGGUCAGGAUUUUACCUGUAGUGAAACCCACUCGCGACCUCCGCACCCGCCUCAUGGCUGCCUCCAGUGGCAUGGACGAGGCAGAGGCUAGGCACCUCAAUCAUUUCUACGAUCUACUGGAUCGCUGUCUGGCUGUGAACCCCGAUAAGAGGAUCACGCCCUCGGAGGCUCUGCGUCAUCCGUUCUUUCAGGAAAAGAUUGGAACGGCCGAGAUGAGAGCCAAGAUCUGA